CGCUCCGCCCGCCCGGCCGCCCCGAGCCCCGAGCCCCGAGCCCCCCGCGCCGGGCCCGGGCGGCAGCGGCGGUGGCGGCGGCGGCGGCGCGCCCGGCCCCCUCCCCCGGCGCCGGCCACGGGAGGCGGUGAUGCGGGCGCGGGCGGCCUCGGCUGCGCCGAGAGCGGAGACACAGGCUCAAGAUGGCAGAUUCCGACUGAGGCUGGGGGGGCCGAGCUCGCGCGCCGCUUUCCCGUCCCCGUUGCCAUGAACCGCGGACACCCCGGCCCCGAUGGCCCCCGUGUACGAAGGUAUGGCCUCACAUGUGCAAGUUUUCUCCCCUCACACCCUUCAAUCAAGUGCCUUCUGUAGUGUGAAGAAACUGAAAAUAGAGCCGAGUUCCAACUGGGACAUGACUGGGUACGGCUCCCACAGCAAAGUGUAUAGCCAGAGCAAGAACAUCCCCCCGUCGCAGCCAGCCACAACCGUCAGCACCUCCUUGCCGGUCCCAAACCCAAGCCUACCUUACGAGCAGACCAUCAUCUUCCCAGGAAGCACCGGGCACAUCGUGGUCACAUCAGCAAGCAGCACUUCUGCCACCGGGCAGGUCCUCGGCGGACCACAUAACCUAAUGCGUCGAAGCACUGUGAGCCUACUGGAUACCUACCAAAAAUGUGGACUCAAGCGUAAGAGCGAGGAGAUCGAGAACACAAGCAGUGUGCAGAUCAUCGAGGAGCAUCCACCCAUGAUUCAGAAUAAUGCAAGCGGGGCCACUGUCGCCACUGCCACCACGUCGACUGCCACCUCCAAAAACAGCGGCUCCAACAGCGAGGGCGACUAUCAGCUGGUACAGCAUGAGGUGCUGUGCUCCAUGACCAACACCUACGAGGUUUUAGAGUUCUUGGGCCGAGGGACGUUUGGGCAAGUGGUCAAGUGCUGGAAACGGGGCACCAACGAGAUCGUGGCCAUCAAGAUCCUGAAGAACCACCCGUCCUAUGCCCGACAAGGUCAGAUCGAAGUGAGCAUCCUGGCCCGCUUGAGCACAGAGAGUGCUGAUGACUACAACUUUGUCCGGGCCUACGAGUGCUUCCAGCACAAGAACCACACGUGCUUGGUCUUCGAGAUGCUGGAACAGAACCUCUAUGACUUUCUGAAGCAAAACAAGUUCAGCCCCUUGCCCCUCAAAUAUAUUCGCCCAGUUCUCCAGCAGGUAGCCACAGCCCUGAUGAAACUUAAAAGCCUAGGUCUUAUCCAUGCUGACCUCAAACCAGAAAACAUCAUGCUGGUGGAUCCCUCCAGACAACCGUACCGAGUCAAGGUCAUCGACUUUGGUUCAGCCAGCCACGUGUCCAAGGCUGUGUGCUCCACCUACUUGCAGUCCAGAUAUUACAGGGCCCCUGAGAUCAUCCUUGGUUUACCAUUUUGUGAGGCAAUUGACAUGUGGUCCCUGGGCUGUGUCAUUGCAGAACUGUUCCUGGGUUGGCCGCUAUAUCCAGGAGCUUCAGAGUAUGAUCAGAUUCGGUAUAUUUCACAAACACAGGGUUUGCCUGCUGAAUAUUUAUUAAGUGCAGGGACAAAGACAACUAGGUUUUUCAACCGUGACACGGACUCACCAUAUCCUUUGUGGAGACUGAAGACACCAGAUGACCAUGAAGCAGAGACAGGGAUUAAGUCCAAGGAAGCGAGAAAGUACAUUUUCAACUGUUUAGAUGAUAUGGCCCAGGUGAACAUGACGACGGAUUUGGAAGGGAGCGACAUGUUGGUGGAGAAGGCUGACCGGCGGGAGUUCAUUGACCUGUUGAAGAAGAUGCUGACCAUUGACGCGGACAAGAGAAUCACUCCAAUCGAAACCCUGAACCAUCCCUUUGUCACCAUGACACACUUGCUUGAUUUUCCCCAUAGUACACACGUCAAAUCAUGUUUCCAGAACAUGGAGAUCUGCAAGCGUCGGGUGAAUAUGUAUGACACGGUGAACCAGAGCAAGACCCCCUUCAUCACACACGUGGCCCCCAGCACGUCCACCAACCUGACCAUGACCUUUAACAACCAGCUGACUACUGUCCACAACCAGGCUCCCUCCUCUACCAGUGCCACUAUUUCCUUAGCCAAUCCCGAAGUCUCCAUACUAAACUACCCAUCUACACUCUACCAGCCCUCAGCAGCAUCCAUGGCUGCAGUGGCCCAGCGGAGCAUGCCCCUGCAGACGGGAACAGCCCAGAUUUGUGCCCGGCCUGACCCAUUCCAGCAAGCUCUCAUCGUGUGUCCACCCGGCUUCCAAGGCUUGCAGGCCUCUCCCUCUAAGCACGCUGGCUACUCAGUGCGAAUGGAAAAUGCGGUUCCCAUUGUCACUCAAGCUCCAGGAGCUCAGCCUCUUCAGAUCCAACCAGGUCUGCUUGCCCAGCAGGCUUGGCCAAGUGGGACCCAGCAGAUCCUGCUUCCCCCAGCAUGGCAGCAGCUUACUGGAGUGGCCACCCACACAUCAGUGCAGCAUGCCACCGUGAUUCCCGAGACCAUGGCCGGCACCCAGCAGUUGGCGGACUGGAGGAACACGCAUGCUCAUGGAAGCCAUUACAAUCCCAUCAUGCAGCAGCCUGCGCUAUUGACCGGUCAUGUGACCCUUCCAGCAGCCCAGCCCUUAAACGUGGGUGUGGCCCACGUGAUGCGGCAGCAGCCAACCAGCACCACCUCCUCCCGGAAGAGUAAGCAGCACCAGUCAUCGGUGAGAAAUGUCUCCACCUGUGAAGUGUCCUCCUCGCAGGCCAUCAGCUCCCCACAGCGAUCCAAGCGUGUCAAGGAGAACACACCUCCCCGCUGUGCCAUGGUGCACAGUAGCCCGGCCUGCAGCACCUCAGUCACCUGUGGGUGGGGCGAUGUGGCCUCCAGCACCAACCGGGAGCGGCAGCGGCAGACAAUUGUCAUUCCCGACACCCCCAGCCCCACUGUCAGCGUCAUCACCAUCAGCAGUGACACGGACGAGGAGGAGGAACAGAAACACGCCCCCACCAGCACUGUCUCCAAGCAAAGGAAAAACGUCAUCAGCUGCGUCACGGUCCAUGACUCCCCCUACUCCGACUCCUCCAGCAACACCAGCCCCUACUCCGUGCAGCAGCGUGCCGGGCACAACAAUGCCAACGCCUUUGACACCAAGGGGAGCCUGGAGAAUCACUGCACGGGGAACCCCCGAACCAUCAUCGUGCCACCCCUGAAAACCCAGGCCAGCGAAGUAUUGGUGGAGUGCGAUAGCCUGGUGCCAGUCAACACCAGUCACCACUCAUCCUCCUACAAGCCGAAGUCCUCCAGCAACGUGACCUCCACCAGCGGUCACUCUUCAGGGAGCUCGUCUGGAGCCAUCGCCUACCGGCAGCAGCGGCCAGGCCCCCACUUCCAGCAGCAGCAGCCGCUCAAUCUCAGCCAGGUGCAGGGCUGUGUGAAGGGCUCAGCAUCACGCCUGACUCAUACCGUGGACUCAGGGCCCUGUUUCUCUAGAAACUACAAGGCUCAGCAGCACAUCACUGCGGACCGCACUGGGAGCCACAGACGGCAGCAGGCCUAUAUCACUCCUACCAUGGCCCAGGCUCCGUACUCCUUCCCACACAACAGCCCCAGCCACGGCACUGUCCAUCCCCACCUGGCUGCAGCCGCCGCCGCCCACCUCCCCACCCAGCCCCACCUCUACACCUACACUGCGCCUGCUGCCCUGGGUUCCACCGGCACCGUGGCCCACCUGGUGGCCUCACAGGGCUCGGCGCGCCACACCGUGCAGCACACUGCCUACCCAGCCAGCAUCGUCCACCAGGUCCCCGUGAGCAUGGGCCCCCGGGUCCUGCCCUCGCCCACCAUCCACCCGAGUCAGUAUCCAGCCCAGUUUGCCCACCAGACCUACAUCAGCGCCUCGCCGGCCUCUACCGUCUACACUGGAUAUCCACUGAGCCCCGCCAAGGUCAACCAGUACCCUUACAUAUAAACACUGGAGGGGAGGGAGGGAGGGAGGGAGAGGAUAGCCCGAGGGAGGAGGGAGAGGAGGAGGGAGGCGCUCCUGGGACCGUGGGCGCUGGCCUUUUAUACUGAAGAUGCCGCACAGAAACAAUGCAAACGGGGCAGGGGCGGGGGAGGGGAGGGGGGGACAGGGGCCAGGACGGGACACCAGUGAAACUUGAACCGGGAAGUGGGAGGACGUAGAGCAGAGAAGAGAACAUUUUUAAAAGGAAGGGAUUCAAGAGGGUGGGAAAUCUAUGCUUUUUAUUUUAAAAAAGAAAAAGAAAAAAAAGAAAAAAAGAAAACGUCAAUAACAAAAAAACACACACACAGCUCAAGAACCCAUUCUACACCAAACUGGAAAGGAGAAGAGAGCACCAGGAAGAUUCCAGAAGCCGGGGGAGGGGGCCCCAGUUUUUGAAGAACUUUAUGAACUUUUCAAAGAUUAUUUUCAUAUGGCAGCAAGUGAUACGGAAGACUUUGCUGUCAGGGACACCUGAUAUGGAAAUCAAAUAGAUUUUUAAUUAAUUGAACAUAAGAUUUAGAGAUUUUUCCAGAACUCGAAAGGGUCAACAGCCCUCCAGAAGGUCAGGCUGCAGCCCGAGGAGGCUGAUGUGUUGGGUGGUGUGGGGUUGUCGAAGCCCAGUCCUGGAUCCCUAGUCAGGAAAGACGAGCCGGCCAGGCUGCUGGAAGGGCCCCUGGGUGCGAGGGGCGGGUUUUCUCUUUCUGAGCACUCUGGAUAAAUCCCUAAACAGUGUUGUCCCUCAAACGUCAUUAAUAAUGUGUGUUGCAAACUUUAGAUUUUUUUUCUUUUCUGAAAAUGUAUUUUCUCUCUGAAUCCGCCCCCUGUCGCGUCGCGUAGGGCUAGCGGUGGUCGCGGGCACCCUAGUAGAAUGUAGCACCCGGCACCCUUGUCUCCUACCUGUGUUCAACUCCAAUGAUACCAAUAGAAUAUUCCUCAAUGUAAUUGCACAAAAAAAAAAAAAAGUGAUAUAACAUAGGCAUGUAACCAAUGUGGCGGUGCAGGCGUGCGGUGAGCGGGCGAGUGCGGGUGGGUGUGCGCGCCGCCCUCCCCGUGUGCCCCUUGGCGCCGCCACCCCGGCCGGCGCAGUCUUCAAACUGCACAUCAUUCCCUCCUAGUGCCUUACCGAGCGAUAGACGCGGCGUGAGGGUUUACUUCCACUGGUACUCCAAGAAACUGAGGCUAGUCAGACACAAUCUCAGCUCUUGUGUUCUGCUGUUGUAACAGUUUACUCUGGCCUUUCCUUUUUUUUUUUUUUUUUUUUUUCCUUUCUUUCUUUUAAAAAUGUUAAGGCCCAUUGUCUUUCUUGGGCUGUUUGCUAGCAGAAGGAUGCCAGGGAAGCCGGCAGGAGCUAGGAGAGAGUCCGUGGAUCUUGAAAGAGAUGUGGGAGGCAGAUGCCAGGCGGGCGCGUCUGGAGAUGGGGAUGGCUGUAGUUGAGUUGUACUUUGCAGGCGGAGGCCCAAAGAGACUCCCCACACUUCACCCCUGCCCCACUCCAUCCCCAGCUCUGCCAUUUGCGAGAUCAGAGAUUUGGGGACUGUUGGCCUCACCCAGGCAGCAUCCCCCAAUCCCUCCUGCCAGGAGAGCCUGGAGCUCUCAGCCUCCCCCCGGGCUCCACUCUCUCCUCCCACUCCCUGGGCUGUUUAGCUCUAAGGAUCUUGCCAGACCCCUCCGUCUGUAGAUGACCACCAACCUCUGUUUGCUGUUGAAUUCUCUCCUCACAUUACUUGGGUCUGCUCAAGAUGUGAUUUUGGUUUUGGUUUCCGAGAGUUCUGGUGGGCAGAAGGUUGAAGGGACACUUUUGAGGGUGACCAGGGGUCUGCCACUGCACUUUGGAAAAACACGGACAGGUAAAUUUCCAAAGAAAUCCACCGUUUGCCCUCUUUGCACCUUUGAUGUGUUCUGGAAGUUUUCUCAGGCUUUGGACACUGCUGGAGGUGGAGGUGUGGAGAGGUGGGGAGUUCUCUCUGUUCAUAGUAAAUAACUCUGAAAUAUAUGAAUGUGAACGGCAGGAGAAUCUGGCCAAGGAUGGUGCCGAAAAGGGUGGUUCCAAUUGUUUGCUUCUGAUGCUGAGUCCUUAGCUGACCCCACAGCCAAGUUUCCAAGGUGCAAAGAGAUCUUUUCCGAGUCAGCGGCCCCAUCCCCAUCCUCCCACCCUUUACUUCCUCACUCUGCAGUCUCCCCUAAGGAUUACUGUGAAAGGUAUUUUCGUAGUGAUAUCCAACCUAAUUCAGUAACGACGCUGUUACUUAGCUCUUAGCUGUGAAAUAACUCUGGAAACUUCACCACCCCAACCAUAAAUUCUUACUUAUAAAGAAAUAGGUCCCAACUGGAAACAACUUAGUCCAGGCCUCGGCAAGAAGGAAGGGCCCCGUGACUGCUCAAUGCUGGGCACAGCCGGGCAAUCUUGCCGGGUGCCCACUGGAGGCUGAGCUGGCAAGAGGCCAGCAGCAGAGAGAUGUCCUCCCUCAGGCUGUGAUCAAUACCAUCUUUUUCCAGAGGUAGGGAAAUGCAGCCCUCUGAGACUGCAGGAAAAUGGUCAGUUCAGAGAGGGCGAGAGCAGCAAAGGCUUCAGAGGACACACAAGCCAGAUCCUCCCCGCCCCGCCACCCCUGACGCCCAACAGCUGGGUCAGCCUGGAAAAUCCGUCUGUUAGGGACUUUUUGGCAGCCAGAUGGCAGCAAUAGCCCAUCAGGUCUCAUCCAGAGUUACAGGUCUUGGCUGCAAAUGAGCCUCAGUCCGCCUUACUGGAGAGCACCCCAGACUCCUGGGUACAGUUCAGUUCCAGCCCUUUCUAGAUCUGAUCUUUUUAGGGGGAAAGACAGCUUGAAAUGUUCUUUUCAUUUUAAAGAAAGUUCUUUUGUCUGCUUAAGUUGGAGGCUUCUUACUCUUUCACCUGACAUUUUCUUUUCUUUCUUCCAGAUCAGGAAUAAAAUUUCCAUGCUGCUUAUAAAGAUAAUAUUAUUGUACUAAUUAUUUUUGUUAUUACCAUUGUAAGUAUAUCAGGAUCAUCAUGUUGAUAUUCUAGUCAGGGUUUUAAAUGCACAUUUAUUCCAAGUAUCUUUGUGUUUUCUCUUUAAUAUUUAAACUUAUUCUCUCUGUGAGUGUACGAGUAGACUGGAGGGACAUCCAGAUGUCCAGUCUUGUCAGGCAAAAAAAAAAGGAAAGACUAGGAAGUAGGACAGUUGUUUCCAUCAUCACUAUCCCACAAAGAGCCGUCGGUAAGAUCCACCGCAGAAGUUGAAAGAAGAAUCAAAGCCUUGAUUGGGCUUCUGACGCCAUGGUCACCAUCAAGGUUGUCCUUUUCUGGAGCCCAGCGGCCUGGGAUGCGACGUCAGGUGGUGUCUCAUGGUGACGUCAGGGGAAUGCCAAGCCACUGACUGCCCAGUCCUUAGCUGGCUUCUCUCCCACAUCCUCAGCGCCCUCCUGUGCUUCUGAAAUCUGUUAACUAAAUCCGUGGCUUGCCUCUGAUAUUAAGCAGAAAUAUCCCCUCCCAGAGGUGACCACAGCCCCUUCCUCAAACAUCCACCCUUUUCUCAUCAGCGCACCCGGGGUGUGGCUUAGAUUCUUUAAUGCAAAGACAUUUGCCCCCUUCCAGAACCCAAUGGGCACGUAAUGUGGCGUAAGAGUGACUGGCAGGUGGUACCUUCCCAGGAAAUUUCACCACACCACCCAGUUCCUCAGCCUGCCCCCUCCCCUGUGAUCCGUGUUCCCAGCACCCAAUUCUAGCUGGAAACGGGUGGAAGGAUGGCAAGAGGCCAGAGAAAGCCAGAACAAAGCCUGGCAGCUGCCCAGGCAUUGCAGGCCACACUCCCUCUGCAAGCAUCCCCACUGGGCUCUGGCCACACCCCUCAGUGCACUGUGCUGUAUGUGAUGGGUGCUCACACGCUGUCCCCAAACCCACAAACUGCUAGGCCCCAGAUGAAGAAGGGCGAAAUGGCCGGCUUCACUGAAGGGAAGGAAAGUGAAGUAUUGGGUGAGGCCAGCCCCACAGCUGCUCAGCAAACGUUAGUGCACAUUCUCCUAGUCCUCACCCAACGGCCUCCUCCACCCCCGUGCACGGAGCUGCCAUGGCAGAAGCCCCAGGAGAAGCUCCCUGCAGGAGAGGCCAGCUCCCUGUAUGCUCAACAGCACACCUGCCCGAAUCUGCCAUUGGGUCACCUUGGCAAAUCGGCUGCUGUCCCUAGGACCAGUCUCUCAAGCAGAGGGAUGCCAACCUAGUCCUUACGUAACCCGUGAAUCACCUAGAGCACCCUCUAGUCCUCCGUGGGCUCCCUCCUUCCCUUUUGAAGAAACAUCGUUCAGAGUAAGGGGAGGAUUUGAAAGUUCAGGUCAUGGAGGAGUGCUGAACUGGAGCCUGGUGAACCACAGGGCGAUUUGCUUCUGCUCGCUGGGUUCUGACUGUUCCGUCUGGACGUGGGCCCCCAUGUCUCUGUGCUUAGGGCCUCUUCAUGAUGUUUUGGAUGUUUCCAAGGGAAGCGGGUGAGCAGAUCAAGGGGUGGGAGAGUCAAGGCUUGAUGCCAGUUAAUACUGUGAAGUGGAGCGUGUGGUCAGUGGAAUUCAGAGGAAAGAGAAGGGUCGGAGCAAAGCGACGUCCGUCUCCUGGACUGUCAACCUUUCUAGCCUUCCUGGUAGUGGAGGUGUUUGCAGGCUGUAGCAGCCAGCUGGCCUGUGUCCUCUUCAACCUGGAAGACUUGGCCUGCCCAAGCACCAACGUGUGGGACAGGUGGACGUCAGGAAGGGCACGGGAGAUCAGCCCAGCUGCCCAUGGGACAAUUUCCCUUGAUUGGACCUUGGCAAUGGCAAACACUCAUAUUUGAACAAGCUUGGGGUAGAAGAUUUUGGCUGUGUGAGUGCGUGUGAGUGAGUGGAACAAACUUUCUUGGAAACUGGAGGGAGGAGAUGAGGAGGCUUAGGGAAGUAUUACUGAUGGCUCCUGGUUGAGAGAGUGACGUGGGGCCCCGGCUCGCCCCAGCUUUUGUCCCCAGGUUCUCUCUGUCUGAUGCUGAGGGCAGGGUGGGGUGUGGGACCGCCACUCUUGCUGGCCUGUCAAGUAGCUGCUAGAUUAGAAAAUGGAAAGAAGGAAAUGGCUCGGGGCUCUCCACUAGCAGAGAGAAUUCAAGGGAGGCGAGGGUUCCUUCCGCAGGCCAGCCUGGGACUUCACAGCGCCGGCAGGAGUGACUUUGCCACGACACAUUCCAGCCCCAGGGACUUCGCAGGCUUCAUUCCCUGUCUGUGUCUUUUCCUUCUGAUGUGUUUGACAGCUUUCUGAUGGGGAAGCUUCAAACUUAAGCAGGCCAGAGAUGUCCUUACCAAAUUGGAAAGGAAGGUGAAGCUGUUCCUUUCUUUAGCCAAAGAACCCUUCUCAGAGACGCCUCCCGAGAUGGACAAAAUAGCAUUCCUCUCGUUCCUUUCCAGGCAAUAAUGACACCAUUAGUGAUGCACUUCCAUUUAUCUUUCUCUUUCCUCUCUGUCCUUUUUCUUUUAAAAAAAGAAAUGCAUUUAUUUCAAAACUGUGCUAUUCUUUUAAGAGAAGUGGAAGGGAAUCUUUCCAUGCUGCUGUGAUUGGGAGACCGGAGGGCCGUACCAAUGCGUGGGCUUGACUAAUCCCAGGCCACCGUGGGAGCAAGCGAAGCAGAGCUGCCGGGAGUUCAGCUGCGUCGUCAGGCAUUGAGCGCGCUGGGGCUGGGCUCGGGGUAGCAGUACUUUCCCACUGUGAUGCCUUAGAACUCUCACUUCUCACCUCCACAGACCAGACUCGGUGCAAUCUCAGGCCACUAGAGAAUGGAAGACGGUGAAAUGGGAUUAAAAUGCAAAAGAAACUAUUAGAGGCUUUGACACGGUAGCUCACUAGAGGGACCCAGCAUAGAAGUUUCUCGUGUCUUCGUUGCAGAUUCCUAAAGUUCAGAAAAGAACUCAGUGAGAGUAUGCAGAGAAAUGGCCCCUGCAGGGCUCGGGCCCCAGAACACCAGCACCAGAGAGGGUCUUCCUGAUGCUGCUGCUGGACGUGCCCAAGCCUCUGAGAGCCCCUCAUCUCAGAUCCCUGUGUUGAACCUGACACUGACUGUCCCUUAUUUGUUAAAAUUUGUAACAUCCCUCAGGUAAAUCGUAGCCAUUCAACAUGUGUUGAAUGCUUUCAGGACACCUGGGCCAAGGCCUCUAUGAGUGUGGUCUCAAGGAGCCCCCACAACCACCCCACAGGGAGGGGGAAAACAGCCCCCGUUUUCAGAUGAGGAAACUGACAGGACGCUCUGGAAGGUACAGGUGUUGGAGGAAGGAUAAAGCAGGGAUGCUCCAGAAUCCGCUAGGUUCCCUUUUGUGUUCAUCAGGCUCUUCCUGAGAUGUGAUUUCUAAUCUUUUACGUUUUUUAAUGAGUAGCAAUGUGUGGCCUCAUACUUCUAUGAACCAUUUCGUGAUACUCCCAUUUCCUGCGUGCCAAACACUGUGCUGGGAAUUGCCCGUGGGUUGUCCUGUUUCCUCACCUCGGUAGCCCUGUGAGAUCAGCAGUAUCAGUCCCCCUACAGCGGAGGAAAAUGCCCGGAGCCACGCAGCUCAUGAGGGGCGAGGAGGGCUUGACUCUGGGUCUGCGCAGCUCCAGAGCUGAGCUUGCAGUCAUUAGCCACAGCUGUCUCCCGCGUGUCUGUGCAAAGAAAGGCCUUUUACACUGCAUCACCCGGCGCCGUCCCUGCACCGUGGAACUCAGCUGGAGGGCUGUGCAGAGAGGGGACUGCUGCCUGAACUGGAUGUAGGCAAAAGGGAAGAAUUAGUUUUGACUUUGCGAGAAAAUCUCUGGGGAGUUUCUUUUGAUUCAUAGUAGAAUUCCUUUUAGAUUUCUUUCCAGCAUACCAACUAGCUUUUAGUAGUGCUGCUACAACCGACUCUUAUAAGAGUGAAAAAGAAGUAUUCUUUUCUUCUUUAAAAAAUAAUUUUUUCUUGCUUAUAGUUAAUUCUAGAAAGGCAAUACUAAAGUUAUAUAUUUUUUUCUAAAUGCUAUUUUUUACUGCACUUGAUAAUUAUCCUGUCAGCUCUGAUCUCUGUAAUAGAUUCACUCUUCAGCUCUGGGCAGAACCAGAGGCAGGGUUCACACCAAAUUUGUAAAUAUCAUAUGUGGUUCUGGUGUCCAGGAACUUUUUUCUUUCUGUUAAAAAAAGAAGAAGAAGAAGAAGAAGAGGUGGAAGAAAGACAAGAGUUAGAGGAACAAAAGAAUGCUUUCUUUUGAGAUAGAUACUCUUCUUAAAGAAACAGCAACAAUUGUAUAAACAGGAAAACCAGCCAGCUUUCAUGAUGAAAAGGAGUGUCUCUUGCCCUGGUAUGAGAUUAACAGAAAUACAGAUGCAUUUUUAUUUUGGUUGAAAGGUGGUGAGAAUUUAGAAAUGCUUAGGACUAGAUUUUUAAUUUUUUAAAAGAACUGUUAUCAUUUGUUAUGAAAUAUUUGUUUGGUUGUUUUGAGUGGGAUUGUUGCUUUUUUCAUUUAAAACCUUCUUUGUUGACUGGCUCCAGGCUUGUUUGCCUAAAUUCUUAGGUAGUUUACAGGAGUUCUAGAAUCUUUUAGAACUUUAACUCCAUUGGAAGCAAACCCAACUAAUCAGAGUUUGAGAUCCUGGUUGGUUUCAAUAGGUAUUCUGGAAUUCUGGCAGAACACCUAAAGAUUUUUUUUUUUUUUAGAAGGUUUUAGAUACAUUAUCUUACACAAACUGUGACCUAAUGGCAAUAAUUACCUCAAAUGUGGGCAUUCAUCCUGGUUUUAGCCUUUUUUGAAAUCAUGUAGCCAGCUUGAUCUUGGAAUUUAAAGACUAUGAAUUCUCUGUGGGCUGAAAAUAAUGAUUCUUUCAUACCCCGGUGAUCGUUGCUUAAGUGAAUUCUGAAAAUAGCUCAUCUUUACAACAAAAAUUAAACCAAGGAAGAGAUUAUUCUUUGUGUAUUGUACUCAAAUGUGAUGUUCAAAUGCACAUGUUAAAUAUAUAUGUUUUUAGCUACUGUAAAAUGCUGUUAGCCUUCUAAGAUAUCAAGAGAGUCACAUUUUAAAUGAGUAAACUAAACAAUUGACUGUGGAUACUUAAGCAUAUUUCUGGCUACGUUAUAGUUAAAGUGUUUUAUAGUUUACAUUUAAACUGGUACUUUUUAAAGAAAAGUUCUGUUUAUAACUGACAUCUUCAAACCCCAGCGAAUGCCGCCGUGUCUCCCCCAAGGCAGGUGUGUUGUCCAGACUCUUCUGUAGCCCAGCAUGUAACUUCCCUCUGUAUUUUUGGUUUCCAUGUGAACUCGAGAGAAUGUGAAAGGCAAUCCAGAUGGAGGGAGAAGGUGUGAGUCCGCAGCCGGGCCGAGUGAGAAGCUCUCAUGCACGUGGUAUAAACACUUGUGUUCAAGGCCUUCUCUCUGACAUCUUGGAAGAGUCAUUAAGCACAGAUAACCUGGUUCAUUGAUUUUUGUCUUGAUUGAAUAUUUGACUUAUUAAUCGAUCCACUGAUUUCCAGGCACCAGGCAGUAGAAGACACUGGGAUUCAGGUGACCACGAAGGCACAGCUGCUACUUCUGGGCCCCGGGUGAUAUUCUGAUCAGCGUUUUGUCGGGGAGGACCAUACACCCCUAUUCCCAUGGUUACUGGCUGGGUUUUCCAUAUAUCUGCUGUCAUUUAUUCAUUUUCCCCUUGAAAGCAAAAUCAAUGUAAAAGGCUAUGUUUAUGUUUUACUCAUUGUCCAGCUUAGACUCGAAGCCUAGUCGGGUGGAAGGGAGACCUUAUCAUCCUCUCAGAGAUGGUCAGUGCUGAGCAGGAGAAGGAGGCGGAGACGGAGGGGUGGCUCAGCCUGGUCCACUGAGACCCACUGUAAAGGGACACCAUGUUUGGAACAAGAGAGAUGCUUUGAGACAGGAAUGGGCCUCACUGUCACGCAGGAACAGACUCGGGGAAUGGCAGUUUCUCUGAGUCUUGGUUUGUUUAAUGUUUUCUCUUGUGCCACCACCAAACUGCAGGGGACCCGCUGUGACCUGAAGGGCUUUGCUUUAGCAGAUAAGACCUUGAAAACGGCAGAACACCUGGGACCAGGGAGCUUUUAAGGAAUACAGAAAAUAAUGCAUUUGCUUUUUCCCUGUGAACUGCAUCGACAGCGUGUUCUUUCGACAGUCUUUUGGUAGAAAUGUUUCUGUAAAAUAGUGUCCAUCUCACCCCUCCUAAUCAUGCUCCCACUUCCCUGUUCGUUUGGUGGUGGUGGUGGUGUUUUUCCUUUACAUGAAUUAACCAAAUGAAUUCUGUGUCAUUGUCUUUGGGGCUUAUAUUUUUAAAACAUAGAAAUUGCCUUUUUGUUCAUUUGAAAAGUAAGUAUGCUGUAUCUGAAGAGGGCUCUGCCUCUGCUCUCCCUGGCUUCUUUGUAACCAAUCUCCAAAUGAAUCUCUCGUGGCACUGCCCCCUUCCUUCCUUAUGUAGAGUCACUGUCCCGAGGGCCACCUCUGCCUCGACCUGCUGUCACCACAGCCCCAGCCCCAGGCACCCAGGACUCCCAGGAAGCACGAGAGCCCACAGGAAGGCCCUACUCAGCCUUGAGGCUGGUGGCCGAACCUCCGAACCUCCGGAGUCGCCUGCUGGGCUGAAAGGGCCAUGGAUUGUCAUUGUGGAAAUUGUUUGGCUCAGGUUAUAAGGAGGAACUUGGGAAGCAGAAAGUGGCUUGACCAUGUGCAUCCUUGGUAGCUUACUGUAACUGAUGAAUGGGACAGAUAACAGCCCCCCCACUCCGCCCCACCACCCUGCCCCCGAGCAGAUAUUCCUGUCUGCGCUGCCCUGAGUCCUCAGUCCUGUUUCUGCUCCCUUCCCUUUUGUGUUCCUGCUCACUUCAAGCUUCUUCCAUGGACUUCCCAGGGCACAAUCAUCUCUGGCCCCCAAAUCAUCUCUCAUCCUCUUUGUGUACAUUUUUUUAACCAAAUGAACAAGAAAGUCAUACCUUGGGGCAGCAGAAUUUCUAGUUUAGUAGAAUCACUGUAUAGAGAUAGAUGUUGAUAUAUAUGUUUGUGUAUAUAUAUCAAACCAAAUUUGAUAGGAGAAGUAUAGCUUUACGGAUAGGGAGAAGGAGGAGCUCUUUAGAGGUCGGAGUCAGCACUGGUGUCUUGGACACGCAUGGGCCGCGUCCCAGGCCACUCCGCACACAUGGGGCCUGAGGCGUGGCACCAGGCCCUUCUCAUCCACCUCACCGCAGCAGAGCUGGCGGGCCCUGCAGGGUGCCGCUGCUCUCACUGGGUCCCAGCUUCAAGGGCAUCGAUGGGUGAGGGGGGCAACAAAUCAGGAUGACUGGAAUUUUCCAUCCCAUUUUGCUUUGACCACAUGUAUUGAGCUGCAGCCUCUGAUACACUAUCACAUUUCCAAAAAUGGUAUCCAUUAGGAUGGAAAGGGAACGGAUCUGUAGAAAUGUUUACCUUUCAACUGCCCAUGAAUUCAGGACACUGGAUAGAAAGACUCACUCCCCAAAACGAGAACAGGGAAGAGGAGACCUGGUGACACUCCAUCACCAGGUCCAAGGAACGUGGCUCCCUCCCCACGGUCAUCUCACCUAGAUCUUUCUCUCCCAGGUCAUCUCAGCUCAAUCUCAAUAACCCUAUGAAAGCCCUGGUCUGUUGUGUUCCUUCACCGUAUGGUUUCUGUAAUAAAAAGUGUUCAUCCAUGUUAAUCUAUGUGAAAAUUAUUGCGUGCGACAGUAUUUUCUUGUGUACCUCUUUUUCCUAUGUGAAUUGUCCCUCUUUUUUAUUUAUAAAUGUCUACUUUUUUUUUUUAAAGACAAACCAAUGUGUUGUAGACCUAUAUGUAACCUAUUCCUUAGUCUCAUAUUAUAGGUAUGUUAUAAGAAUGGAUAUUUUACUUGGCUUUAGAAUGUUUUACAAGAUAACUAAUUCUUAACUGAUCAAGUCCUUGCUACUAAAAUGCUUGUGUUUUUCAUCAUGACGUCGUGUGCUUCUAAAUUAAUCAUUUUCGUUGUAGAAAAAUGGAGUGAAUUUAUAUUAGUCUUGGAAACUAAUAAUAGCAUUGUAAAUUUAUGAGAUGAUUUUAACAGAAAAAAAUUAUAGAAGAAUAUAGUUAUUUUAAUUGUAAUAUUACUAACUGUAGGGUGAGAAAAAGGGGGGUCCCGUUGUGGUGAACUAUGUUAUAGCUUGUUACUCACAGUUUCUUUUUGAUCAUUUUUUCGGUCUCUGAGGUGAAACGACUUAUUAAUUAAAAUUUGUAAACUCACAUAUGCAUAUUGUAUAUGUGUAGAAAUGUAAUCACACUUUGUCUUGGAAUUACAUUAAACUGUUUGAAAUCACUGUA